AGUAUCUGGUGGUGGUAGAAAACGCGAUUACGCGCGAGUCACCUCAAUGUGCCCAGUCGGUGACCACAGCGAUGAACCAAGUCGCUUCGCUGCUCCAGACGGCUUCUGGCAGGCAAAGUCUGAAAACCACUUUCAACAACUGCUCCGCCUAUUCAGCCUCUGCCAAGAUCUGAACCCGGCAGAUGUUAAUCAGAUUGAGUAUUUUUGGCAGAACGUCUACAGUCCUUACAUGUACGUCGGUUUGUAUGCCAACGAACUGACAAUCAAAAAUGCAAUUUGUCGUUUCCAUGAAACUCAGGACAACUCGCUAACGAAACUACGAGAGGUAAAUAAUUAUGUCCACCAAAUGAUGGGUAGCAACGGCUGUAUGUAUGUCGACUACUGGAAUCUUGUAAAAUACUUACAGGACACCAGAUAUGGACAAGCACAAGAUUACUCAGAUACUGCCGGGCCAUUCUUUGGUGGAAAGUCAGCACUGCCAGUACAAGUUUGUUCAGAGUCAAAAAUCCUUCAAUGUUUAACCUUUUCAACUGACCCUCCCUUCCUCAGGCACUCAAUUGACGAAUGUACCCAUAUCUUUGGGUCAGACUUAAACUCAGCUACAAUAGCGGCACAUGUCGCCCACAUUAACGAUUAUUACGGAGGAAGGAAUAUGAAAUCCUCCUACAUCAUCCUCCCAAAUGGUAAUAUCGAUCCAUGGCAUGCACUUGGUAAACUGAACAGCACAAUUUCUACCAUAGUCCCUGUUGUAAUCGAUGGAGCAGCUCAUUGUGCUGAUAUGUAUCCCUCAACCCCGAAUGAUUCACCAGCGAUGACUGAAGCUCGAAAAACCAUCGCCACGACGCUUCAACAGUGGCUUCAGUCCGCCAAGUGA